GCGCCAUGGCGGCGUCCCGGCUCAGCCUGUGACAGCAGGAGGCCGAGGCCGCGGCCGCCGUCUCCCACCGCCCUCCCCCGCCCCAGCGGCGGCCCGGGCCCCGGCGUUUGCCCCGGACGGCGCGGGGGGAGGGGCCGCGAGGAAGCUGUCAUGCAGGACCCUACCCCGGAACGCGGCGCCGAGGAGAGGCGGGGGGCGCCGGCGAGCGGCGGCGGGGUCUCCUGGCUGCAGAGGGUCUUUGAGGAAGUGCGGGGCUCCUCCCAGCUGAGCCUGGCCCCCGCGGAGCCGCCGCCGCUCACGGUGGUGGCGGUGGAGCGGUACCAGGCCCAGGCCCCCGCCGCCCCGCAGUACUGGUACGACGUGACGCUGGCGGACGGCGCGCGGCAGGAGCGCUGCUACCUCGCGCCGCGCCUCAACGGCCUGGUGGAGCGCGCGCACCUGCGCGCCGGCGCGCGCCUGCGCCUCAGGCGCUGCUCGUACCUGUACGACGAGAAGCGGCUCAACUACGGGUUCCUGUGCCUGGAGGAGCUGGAGACGGUGGGGGGCAGCGGACUCACCGCCGCCCCGCCCCGCCGCCGCCCGCCGCCCCUCCGCGGGGAGAAGCAGCACUACCUGCCGCUAUGGAACAACGAGGAUCCCUACGGAGACGUGUGGGUGGCAGACAAGCCCCAGGCGCAGGUGAACGUCGAUGUCUCCAAGCUGACUUCUCUUGGUCAGCUGGAAAUGACCUGGAGAAGCAGAGUUCACUUCAAUCCACUUCUUGUGAGAGUCCUGCACAAAUCUAGACUAAGGUACUACGGGAAACCAGAGAAAAAAGUGGAUAUGCCUUAUCAGGCUUACUUCGAAGUUGCUGAUGCUUCAGGCAUGAUGUCAAUGGUUUUGUGGAACUCAUUAUGUCCUGAAUGGUAUAACAGCAUGAAGGUUGGCACGGUACUUCUUCUUGAACAGUACACUAUCAAAAACAGUUACCCAUUUAAAACACAGCCAACCCCAGGGGAUUCACAGAUGAAGAGAUUUGCUACAAUUGAAAUCAGCCUUAAUGUUCGACACCCUCCAACUAAAAUAAGUAUCAUUCCAGAAGAAAUGGUUAAGCCAGAGUGGGGAUUACCUGAAGUUAAAUACCGGUUUAUCACAAGGUCAGAACUGGAUGAUUUACCAAACAAUCAUUCCUGUGAUGUUAUUGGUCUUGUGACAUUUGUGGGAAGAGCUGAACGAACAAGAAAGAGAGAACAUGGUGAAGACUUCUGGCUCUAUCGUUGGGCACAUGCCAUUGAUGGGACAUCAGACCAACCAUUCAUACUGGAAUUAUUUGCAACUUCUCAGCCAGAUGUGUUUGAGCGUAUUCACCCAAUGACAUAUUUGGUGUGUACACAGAUGAGAGUGGUACGGGACCUUACUGGGAAUCCUUCCAGCACAAUUUACCUUACGACUUCCAAUGAAAGUCAAAUAUUCAUUACAGGGUGGCACAAGGGCCAGCCAUACACCAAGGAUACCAAAGUGAAAAACUUCAUUCAGUGGACUAAAACACAAAGUGAAGCUGAUCAAAUGAAGAAAACUGUCAUUGGUGGCUAUUAUCCUUUUCCACGACCUCCAAAUAACUUUCUGAAAUAUUGUAAAAACAAUAAAGUUGAAUUGGUUUUGAAAACCAUAAGUGAAACAGGGAAACAGAUUGAAGAGUUGCACUACAGAGAACACAAACGCAUUGCUGUUCAGGGAAUAAUCAGUGCCAUAAGAUACAUCAGCUGUAGCAAUGCAGCUGAAGAAGCCUCAGGACUGGAACCUGGUCAGAAAGGUACUUCUCAGUGUCCUGAAAGUUCUUCUAUGUCCAACGACUGUGUUCACCAGGAAAAAGCCACCAGCCUUCAAAAUAAAGAAGUCAAGUCUUCUCUUGGGCCACAUUGUGCUCCUGGGGAACAACAUCAACACCAAGCUCCUCAAGCAAAAAGAAGUUCAGUCAAGAGAAAGAUACCACGUAGAUUAAAUACAGAUGCAGAACAGGCAAGUACGUCUGUUGUUCCUGUAUCAUCUUACCACUAUUUCACACGGUCUGCAAGAAGAAAACUUGGCCUGAAUGAAUUUCAGCAGGAAGAUUUUGCACAAGAUAAAAAUGGACAGGCUGUAUCAGACAGUGUACAGCACCGCACAGAUCAAGAAGGAAUGAGUGAUAUACCUGAAACUGAAGAAACUGGAAGAACUUGUGAUUCGUGGCAGAGUGACCUGUGGGCACAAGUGAAAGACAAGUUAAUGAAAUAUUUGCAUCAUGGCUCAAUUUUCCCAGAAAGCAUCCCACGUAAAUUUGAUUAUGUGCACAAAGACUUACUUAUGCAACAGUACAACCUUCAUGCAGCAGUGCACCAGCCAAAGGAAACCAGAACAGAUAAAAACAUCAGUGAGUUUAGAAGUGCCAGUGGCCUUGGGUAUUAUGAAGUGACAGUUCUGGGUAUAAACCACGAUGUGGCAAUAGAUGUUGCAUUUCUUCCGCUGUUUUGUCCUGAAGAUCCCCACUUAUUUCAACUAGAAGACAUUCAAAAUGAUACAUUAUUGUCUUGUAUGAGUUGCAUCUCUGCAUGUCAGCAGAAGACCACUAGCAAUGGAAGGCUUCGUGACGUGUUUCCACUUUCAAAUGAAAUUGUAGAAGCAGCGAUGGAUCUAGAUGGCAAACAUGUUGUCUGCAUCUUGGACAUCUGUCACUUGGGUGAUGAUAAGGUGGAAGUCUUUCUCAGCAAAAUCUACAAGACAGUGGAACCUGGGGUGCUGGAUCCAGUGUAAUUUAAUAACUUAUUUUUCAAAUUUAUGUUGUUGAGAAGGAGGGGAAUAAAAUUGUUGUAACUUGAAUACACCCUCUGCAUACUGCACUUUUCUAGAACUAGCAGACAGAAACAUAAAAUUAUGAUUCUUAAAGCAAUUGGAAUUGUCGCCCAUGUAACUGAGGAGGAUGAUUGUUGCCUUUAUUUUUCAGCAGUCUUGCAACAGAUUGCACAAUGUCUUGGUCACUUAUGUUCCAGAAGGUUGAACAGACAAUACAGUGAGCUUGUCUUUGGUAGGAUACCCAGGAGUAUGAUUGUCAUCUCUCUUUCUCUGCCUGUGCGUGUGCAUACACAGGAAAUACAGGGGUACGACCUGAGAAGAGAGGCAGGCUUUCCCUGCCUCAUGUUUGCAAAUGAAUUAACUGGCUGUAAUAUAAAUUUAGGCUGGAAAUCAGAGUAAGUUUUAGGAUUAGAGCUGUUAUGUUCUGUAUUGAUCUUUUGUGGGAGCUGCUAGGGGCAGCCUAACUGCUCUUCAGGCUUGAAGCUGACUGUGUUUGGGAAAGGGAUGAAACACCUUAGUGCCUUCAGUACCAGGGACUGGACUCAGUGAUCCAAGAAGCCACUUUCAGUUCUUUCAGUUCUUUUUACCCAAUCAAGGUCAACUGCUCUGUUUUUGUAUGUCUGCAUUUGUACAUACAGCAUUGGGUAGUGAGCACCCAAUGUUUUUAGCAUAUUUUAUUUAUUAAUUAAAAAAAAAAUCUAUUUAAAAAAAAAAAGAAAGAAAAGAACUUUUGUGGAACUUUCUUCUAGCUUUGCAAAAGAAAAUCUGUCUUGAAGGAGUGUUUAGCAUGGCUCGAUACACGGUUUGUCACACCAAUAUAUUUUUUCCUGUUGAUCACCACCAUCCUCUUUCUUUUUAGUAAUAGCUAUAUUCUGAGUGCACAAAGAUGCUCAGCAGCUGUGAGAAGCUGCUACUUCCAUAAGAGCAAGAGGCUCUAUAAAAUUGUCUACUUUUUACCUGUAUGCUGUAGGUAGCAACUGGCUCCUGAUGAGUUCACAACCAAGUCUCACUUUUUUCCCCCAUGUCAAACACUGGCCUCAGAUCAUUUAUACAACUGUGUCCUUAGGAGUUACUCUCAUGCAGGGGCUGAAACACCUUGCUGUUUGACAACUUGUCCAUGUGAAAUGCUGGUCUCAUUUCAAUUCUUUGAGAAGAAACAAUUGCAUUAUGCAGACUUGCCAAUUAAAUUGUACCGUUAGUGACCAAAGCCCACAGAGUAAAUUUAUAGAACAGAUUUAAUAUUUUGUGGAAAACUUCUAGGCACAUUUUAGCAGCCUUUUGGUAAUUGGGAGUAUCUCUUUCAACUAGUAGCUCAGUCAUCUGCCCUGGGGAAAGUGGACUUUGUCUUCAGUUCUGUAUCUUAACUUCAGUUAAUUGUAAUUGAAGGAGAAACAUAAAUAUCUAUAUUAUAAUACAAGUUUAUAGGCAGCUUCAGCUAAAAAGUAAGAGCCGUAACAUUCUAAAGAAGCUGAAAAAAUUAUUCUGUCUCUCUAGCAUGGUUUACAGUUUAAAAAAGUAUUAAUGAGAAAAGUUUAAUUUAAAUUGCACAGUGACUAGAAGUUAAUUAAAUGUGACUAUGUAUUGUAUGUUUAUAUUUUGUUCGGAUCUUACAGUGUUAGUUCUAGAGCAAUGUUUGUCAACCCAUGCCCUUCAGAGUACCCUAUAUAACCUUGCCACAGAGGGCAAAUGGAAACAUACCAGGCUGUGAAGAGCACAGUGUUGCUUGCAAUGUGUUAUUUGUAUGAUUUUGUUGCUUAUGGGGUUGUGAAGAUGAGAGGCCAUUGCUCUAGAGUGAGAAAGAUCAGCACCAGCACUUCCUGUACCAAACUGAGCCAUGCUGACUGUGUCAGCCAGGAGUUUUUAUUUAGAUAUACUUCAGGUUGAAGUCUAAUUUUAAUGAAACCAUUAUUUCUAGAAGCAAUUUUUAAAGUAAUUAUCUUUGUACGCAAGUACUAAUGUGGCUAACACUGUCACAGAGCCACGCUAUUCAGUUGCUCAAGCCACUCCAUCCUUCCCAUGCAAUAGAAAUGCAGCAAAGGCUGUUGCUCGCAUUGCACGGCUCACUGCGCUUUAAACGUGUAGCAUUAAGGAUUUCAUCCUCCAUGUUAGGACUUCCUAACUCUAAAAGGGAUAUCAAAAUGUAGUGGAAUACGUAUAACAUGCUCUUGAGGCUUUAAAAGAUACAAUUUUAUUUUAUAGAAGUAUUGUUUGAAGUUUUUCAUGGCAAAAGCAGGGAAGGAAGGGGAUUUACUCUGGCAGAAUGAAGUGCCAAUGUUGGAAGCACAGGCUGUAUGUAGCUGAAGAAUAUUCAGUGCCUUGGAAUGUCAAUACUCCAGGUCAUUCUGUAGAGCCACUUACCCACCCCUGGAAGUUACACUGAACUUAAUGUGCCCACUUUAGUUUCUGCAGUGUUGUUAAUAUCUGGUUCCACCACUGUCUCCCUCCUCCCUGCUGGACCAGCACUGUAGCACAGGGACCAAGGUCCUCUCUGCAAAGAAAAUAUGUGCUGUUUUGUUUCACUUGGUGUUUGUUGACACAAUUAUAAAACCAAAGUGUUGUUGAUCCUGAGUCUGUCAAAAGGUGUUAUUUUUGCCAUGUUAAACAGAAUCUUUACUCCUGCAAAAUGUAAUAGGAAUAAUCUUUCUUGCUGCUGUGUAUUGCCACUGCUGAGGGCAGAAUACUCUCAAAGCACAUUCCCUAACUAUAGAAUUCAUAUGCAGCCGAAGAACUGUACUCUAAAAUCUUACAUUUGCAUGUUUCUUAUGUUUCUAGCAUUAAUUUCAAAGAAAACCAGGGAAGGUAAAUUGUAUGUAGCUAAUGGUAUUUUUGAGUGUAUAAAACUUGCUAACUCAUAGAUCUUAGAGGUAAGAUCAGUUUUGAAUUAAUGUGAUAUAGAAUUAGUGGAACACUCAAAAAUUGAGAAUAUAAAUAAAAGAAUUAAUAUAUGUAAAA